UGGUUGCUAGGACACACGCGAUCAGUUGCCCGUGCUAAGAAAAACGUGCUCGGCAACAAGUUGCUUUUUGUUCUAAGUUAUCCCACAAAGUUCGCGACGCAGGAGGUCUAGAACUACUUGACUGGAACCAAUUCGAAAGAUUUGGACUGUCCAUCUUCAAGUGAUUUUGUGUGCGUUGAAGCUUCGCAGCCAAGUUAGCUUAGCUUAGCUUGCGAACAAAGAACAACGUGAACAUCAAGUUGGAGUCUCCUCAUGUGUGCAAAAUGCGUGCAAGAAGGUCGCCAGCGGCAAAGUUCGAGGCGGAACUUUGUGCCGCAAAAGCUCAGCGUCGACAUCAGCUCUCGACUGCUUGCAAAAUGCAAGUAAAAGUUGUUCCUCGCAGACUAGCAGCUGAAGACGUCCCAUCCAUUUUGAGUGGGAAGACCUCCCAUGCACUUCAAAUGGAUCGGAUGCCAACUGGUUUCAGCAAAUAUCUUGGUCCUGAUGCUCAACAGCUAAAGAGAGAAGUACAACAUCCAAUCAAAAAGGAGGAGGUAGCGCUGCCAUACGUUAAAGAGGAGGAUGAUAUCACCAUGUCGAGUGGUGAGCCCUCGAAUGGCGAGGAUGGUCCGAGUGAGGUUAGCAGAGGGACGCAGCCUCAAAGCGGCAGCAGCAGCUCAACAGAAGGACACAUUUUCAUUGCACCAUCAGAUAGAAAAGGCACCACGUCACAUUCCCCUUACAAAGAUGGUGGUCAGAAGAAAUCUCACGGUGACGGCCAACUCUGCAAAUGCUCUCAGUGUGGGAAAACCUUUUCUAAUAACUAUGCUUGUCGUAAGCGUAUGAGGAGCCACACUGACGAAAAACCUUUUGUCUGCUCAGUUUGUGGUCAAAAAUUCACUCAGAAGAGCACCUUAAUAAGUCACGCUAGAACACACACUUGUGAAAAACCUUUUUCCUACUCAGUUUGUGGAAAAAGAUUCACUCGGACGAGCAACUUAAACACACACACAAGAACCCACACUGGUGAAAAACCUUUUUCCUGCUCAGUUUGUGGUCACAGUUUCACUAACAAGAGAAACUUAGAAACACACACGAGAACCCACACCGGUGAAAAACCUUUUUCCUGCUCAGUUUGUGGUCAGGGAUUCACUGAAAAGCAAAGCUUAAAAAUUCACUCGAGAACCCACACUGGUGAAAAACCUUUUUCCUGCUCAGUCUGUGGUCAGGGAUUCACUCGAAUUCACCACUUAGAAGCACACACAAGAACCCACACUGGUGAAAAACCUUUUUCCUGCUCAGUCUGUGGAAAAAGAUUCACUCAGAAGGGCACCUUAAACACACACACAAGAACCCACACUGGUGAAAAACCUUUUUCCUGCUCAUUUUGUGGUCAGGGAUUCACUUCAAAGCAAAUCUUAAAAAGACACUCAAGAACCCACACCGGAGAAAAACCUUUUUCCUGCUCAUUUUGUGGUCAGGGAUUCACUUCAAAGCAAAUCUUAAUAACACACUCAAGAACCCACACCGGAGAAAAACCUUUUGCCUGCUCAGAUUGUGGUCAAAAAUUUAGUCGCAAGAACGACUUACAACGUCACACUCGAACCCACACUGGUGAAAAACCUUUUUCCUGCUCAGUUUGUGGAAAAAGAUUCACUCACAAGGACGCCUUAAACACACACACAAGAACCCACACUGGUGAAAAACCUUUUUCCUGCUCAGUUUGUGGUCACAGUUUCACUAACAAGAGAAACUUAGAAACACACACGAGAACCCACACCGGAGAAAAACCUUUUUACUGCUCAUUUUGUGGUCAGGGAUUCACUUCAAAGCAAGUCUUAAAAAGACACUCAAGAACCCACACCGGAGAAAAACCUUUUGCCUGCUCAGAUUGUGGUAAAAAAUUUAGUCGCAAGAGCGACUUACAACGUCACACUCGAACCCACACUGGUGAAAAACCUUUUUCCUGCUCAGUUUGUGGAAAAAGAUUCACUCAGAAGGGCGACUUAAACACACACACAAGAACCCACACUGGUGAAAAACCUUUUUCCUGCUCAGUUUGUGGCCACAGUUUCACUAACAAGAGAAACUUAGAAACACACACGAGAACCCACACCGGUGAAAAACCUUUUUCCUGUUCAGUUUGUGGUCAGGGAUUCACUGGAAAGCAAAGCUUAAAAAUUCACUCGAGAACCCACACUGGUGAAAAACCUUUUUCCUGCUCAGUCUGUGGUCAGGGAUUCACUCGAAUUCACCACUUAGAAGCACACACAAGAACCCACACUGGUGAAAAACCUUUUUCCUGCUCAGUCUGUGGUCAGGGAUUCACUCGAAUUCACCACUUAGAAGCACACACAAGAACCCACACUGGUGAAAAACCUUUUUCCUGCUCAUUUUGUGGUCAAAGAUUCACUCAAAUUCGCCCCUUAAAAGUACACACAAGAAUCCACUCUGGAGAAAACCUUUUUCUUGCUUAGUUUGUGGUCAAGGAUUUGAUCACAAGGCUCGGAUUAAGAGACACGUGUGUGUUGAUGUGAGAAGCAGUGGCCGAUGACUCUUUUGCCUGUUAUCCAUCCAUCGUCAUCCAGGACGAUUGUAUUCUGGAGAGCUUCCUCAAAUCCUGUUGAGGAUUGUCACUUGUAUGAUGUGGAUCCACACUUUUGCCAAAAGUAUUGGCUCACCUGAUUUAACUCUCAAGUUGGGUGGCGUUAUUUAUACAAUACUCUCCCUCUUUCAAGCUACACUUUUCAGAAUUAAUAUUUGAAACAGUAGACCCCAAAUUACAAAAAUUCUAAAUCAUUCAUCAAUAAUAUAAUUACAUAAAUAUAUAAAAUUAUGAUUGACUUGCAAAUAUUUGUUUUUUGGGGAGGGGUGGUUAUAUAUAAUUUUAAAAGUUACUAUUACCACUCUUGAUUGACAGUGACAUGUUACGACGGAGUAAUGGGGCCAAAUAAAGGGAGGGGGGGGGGAAUGACAACGAGAUUGAAGUUAUACUGUUACUACAAGAAAAAAAGUCAUAUUAUUACUAUCCAUGGAUUAUAAUUUGAUGUAGAUGAGCUAAAAGAUAACGGAUUACCUUGUUUUGGAAAUGGAUUCUAAAACACAGCCUCACGAGAUGCUUUCAUUAUUGUUGACUUUAGUGGAAGCGGCAAAGCGCUACAGAAAGUACGUGGCCGCUUAUUCAGCUACUUUACCCCGACGUAACAAGACGACUUUUUUUCCUCGUAGUAACAGUACGACCAUAAUCUCGUAUAAUCUCUAUAAUCUGUAUAAUCUCUUUAUUUUGGCCUAAUACUUUGUCAUACAAAUUGGACAGAGAUGAUUAAAAUCGUUUGAGCUGUUAAUCAUUCUGGCCCCAUCGAUGAAAAUCUCUCGACUCUGCUUCGAAUUUUAAAGUGCUUGUACUUCACUGUGCUUGUUAAUUUCAUUCAUUACAAACAAUUUGUUUUUAUUCAGUUUUAGCUUCCCCUCCCCUUUGUUCAGAACAAGCCUAAUUAUAAUUCUAAUAUUAUAACUCAAAACUAGGGUUGUAACUAAAACCGAUACUUUGUUACUAGAGCUGGGAAUCUUUGGGCACCUAACGAUUCGAUUACGAUUCAGAGGCUCCGAUUCGAUUAUAAAACUAUUAUUGAUGCACCCCACUCCUUUUUUUUUUUUUUUUUUUUUUUUUAAUUUGUUUUGUAUAUUAGUUCCAAAAUUGUUCAAAAAUCCUCUCAGGCUAAACCAAACUACUAUUUCAGUAUCAAGUUAACAUAUAGCAGUAAACAAAUAUACAAAAAUAACAGUAAAUAAAAAACUCCAGUCCCCAUUCUAUAUCAGCAGCUUUAAACUACUUUCAAUUAAUUUAAUGUUGUGAAUCAACCGUUAAAGUUGUUAAAAUUGCUCCUGUUAUUCCAUAAUUUCUCUCUUGUCUACUUUCAACAUGUGAAAGUUUUAAAACUAUUUUAAAGAUAGAUUCAAGUCAAUAUUUUACCGAUUUAGGAGUAUUUUAGAUAAAAAGUUAAUUAGGUUCGCUUGGAAGGUUCGCAACAGCAGCCUUGUAGGGAAGUGUACUGCUUUAAGAUGGCGGCCGUUACUAACGCCCGCAUCUAGUUUUUUGUAGAUGUGCUGGCAACGAUACCGAAGCUAUAAUGCAUCUAGUCCUAUAUAAAUGAUAUCUACCGUAACAUAAUGUUGCUUGUAGCAGCUUUUCGGCAGCAGUCAGGUAAAUUGUUGUGUUUUUUUUAAUCUCGUGGCAUGAGUUGAGCUUUGGCGUUACCCGAGGGGCCGGGUAAUGAGAAGCAUGAUGUUUAGCUACUCUCGCUCCGUCCCUAAUUGCGUACCGAAGACCGCGCGGCGCGCUGAGUGUGUCGUACUUCUGCUUUACUUGGCAUAUUUCAAUAAUCGGAAUUUGGAUGUUUGUGAAUCGUUCUCGAAUCUUCCACGGCCGAAUCGCGAAUAAUCUAAGAAUCGGAAAUUUUGCACACCUCUAUUUGUUACCAAGUUGAUUCUAACAUUCAGAAAAUGUGACGGGACUGCCUUUUCUGCAAUACCCGAAGUAUCGCCGCAGCAGAUCUGGCCGCUUCUUUUGUGUGGCAUACGAGGCGAAACAAGUUGCCCGACAAGCUGUCACACCGCUAAAAUGGAGAUUGUAUAUGAGCGCUUAUAUGGCAACCCACGCUUUACUAAAGAAUGAGAAAAACAGUCAAUGUACGCAACAUGGCAGUGACGUGCAUUUAUGUCAUUUAAAAAAAAAUACAUAUAUAUAUUUUCCUUUUUUUAGUUUAACUCUUUAACACCUAAGCCUAUUUUUUUUUCCAAAUCUGCAUACCUUUGAUGAUGCCUUUAUAUUUCAAAGAAAAAUAAUCGCAAUUGCCCGAUUGGGUCCCUUUUUUAGGACACCAUAACCUUCAUGUCCAAACUGUUUUGUUUUUUUUCCCAACCAAUUAUAAUCAACAUUUUGGACCCAAAAAGACAAAUCAAAACAUUUUUUGUCAACAUUUGUAAUAUUGAUGUCCCAUUGACAACCAAACAUGCUCGACAAAACGUUUUUAAGCUUGAUAUUUAUUCACCAUGUUAGGAUAAACAUUCAACAACAAAAAAUGAGACUGAAUAGUUUUAUAUUUGAUACGGCAACAAAAGCAGCAGGUAUGGUCAAAGGCGUUUUUGUCCUUUCUACAUAUUAUGGUCAAAACAGGUUAUAUGCAGGAGACAAACAGUGCAAAAUAGUGACUACCGUAUUUUUCGGACUACAAGUCGCUCCUGAGUAUAAGUCGAUCCAGCCAUAAAAUGCCCAACGAAGAGAAAAAAACAUAUACAAGUCGCACCGGAGUAUAGGUCGAAUUAUUGGGGGAAAUUUACUUGAUAAAAUCCAACACAUAGAACAGACAUGUCAUCUUGAAAGGCAAUUUAAUAUAAAAAUACAAUAGAGAACAACAUGCGAAAUAAAUGUACAGUGUACAGUGCAUGAACAACGAAAUGUGAAUGUACUGUCCUACGCUACGGCCUGUCCUGGCUAUUCACCGAACUCCCAAAAGACAAUGCUGGACGUCUGUAUAAUUUGCUGAAUCAAUUUGGUCCUCGAUAGAAAACAGGUUCGCAUCAACGUAAAUAAAUGAUAAUUAGGUACUAUUAGUAAUAAGUAACAGGUUAGCAUGCGUUCGCUAUCAUUAGCACAUCGUUCAAACAACCACAUAACUGGCUCUAAGUGUCCGAUCGCGGGUGGAAAACACACAACAACAACAGAAAAGAUGAUACACGCAGGCGUUGCCUCUGUAGAGAUGAUUUAAAAGCAUAAACAAUGAAAGUAGGUUCGCAUCCGUCUAUUCUCUCUAGUUAACUCGCCCACACUCACUCACUAACUCAGAGCUACGUAGCUGUCCGUCUUCUUCUGGCGUGUCACGUAAACAAGUGCGAGAGCGCCCUCACGUGGGCGUGAAGCGCCACAAACUGAAUGCAUCCAUUUCAAGAUAAAAAAGUCAAUAAUACAAUUGAACAUACACUGCCAAAGGCAGAACGCGACCGUGGCCAUAGCUAUAAAGAGUUAUUCAGAUAACUAUAGCAUAAGAACAUGCUCACAACUUUACAAAACCAUCAGUGUCGCUGCAAAACACCAAAAUAAUAUGUGAAAUUAUAUCAUAAUGUGUUAAUAAUUCCACACAUAAGUCGCUCCUGAGUAUAAGUCGCACCCCCAGCCAAAAUAUGAAAAAAAAACGCGACUUAUAGUCCGAAAAAUACGGUAUAUCAAUAAAAUAUAUAUUAUACACAGUAUAUAAUACAUUAUAUAUUUUGUAUAUUAAGUACAAUAUAAAAUUUGUUAGAUACUUUUCCUCUCAAUGUGCAAAACAGGCCAUAAAAUGACAACUAUAUUCAUUUUUUAAUCUUUGAUUCCUCAAAGGCCUUGGUCAGUUCGUCUCUGACUGGAAACACAGGCCCACAUUGUAUGUCUCACGCAUAUAUUUUCUAUACUACAUAUAUUUUGUAUAUUAACUACAAUAUAAAAUGUGUUCGAUACUUUUCCUCUCAAUGUGCAAAACAGGCCAUAAAAUGAAAACUAUGUACAUAUUUUAGUAAAUAGUUGGCGCCCCAUGCUGGCUCUCUACGAUUUCGGUCUAUGACCACACUGGAAUCUCCAGCAUCUCCUCAGUCCUCUCUAGGACAUAAGUCCGGUAGAAGACGAGUACUUAUUUCAUUGUCAUUUCAUAGCACAUACACAGUACAUGUGUUCCUUAUCACAACACAAACUGUAGCAAAGUAGUAGCGGGGGUGAAAGCUCGAAGCUAUAAAUUUCUUGUCGGAAAUCCCUGACAUGAAGGUUGCCACGGAGCCAGAUUUUUUUUGUCUUUUUGUGGGAAGGGGGGUUAGGGGCUCAAACUUCGGAAAACCACUUAAAUGCAGACUAAACUGCUUUUGGCACAGUUAUGCCUAUAACACAAACACAUUUUCAUUCAAAAUUGCAGAAUAGAACCAGCAGUAACCUCAACCUCCAUCUCCUAAUUUUUCCCCACACAUUUCCCAGAUUCAAAACCUCCAUUUUAACGACUUAAGUACAUUGGAUGUUCAUUAAAAUAGUGUACUGCACAUAACACGUCACCUUUGCUCAAUAAUAUUCAUGAUUUAAUACAAUAUUCAUUAUAUUUUAGUAUGAUCCCUAUAACCAGCAUUAUGUACUAUUUAUAUGGCUCUUUUUUGCAAAAUGGAUAGUGAUUUUAUUGUGCAUUUGUAAGUGUUACCCCAGACCUCUGUACAGUAGUGUAAAUAUGGCAGGAUUAAAGAAUCUGGAGUGAUUAAUUGUCUAGACUGAUAUGCUUCUUGAUACUUUACUUUGUGUAUGUUCUAUUUGAGCUUUCCAGUUAACCUUGUCAUCAAUAACAACCCCAAGAAACUUGUUUUCAUAGACCCGUUCAAUAUUCACCCCAUCUAUCUGUAUUUGUACUGACUAUAUUUAUUGUUUCUAGUAAAUAACAUGAUUUUGGUUUUACUUAAAUAUGAUAAUUUUUUUGUGUCAAGCCAAGACUUUAGUUUACAAAUUUCAUCAGAAAUCCUCCCCAGGACCUCAUGCACAUGCCUCCCGGAGCAAAAGAUACUGUACCUGUACUUGUUUCUUCUGCAAAUAAAACUAAUUUUAAUAUUCUUGAAACUUUGUAUAUAUCAUUUAUAUCAAGAAUAAACCGUUUUGGACCUAACACUAAACCCUGGGGGACGCUACAAGAAAUGUCCAAGCAUCAAGAUGAAUAGUCACCCUCUUCACCCAGUGUAGCGCCACCCUCCUAAUCCCAUACUUUUCAAGUUUAUUGAUUAAAAUGUCAUGAUUAAUACUGUCAAAUGCUUUCUUCUUAGAAUAUUCCAACGAAGGUAAUUUGUGAUCAAUAGCGUUACUGAUGUCCUCAGCCGAUUCAAUUAAAGCUAGUGAUGUUGAACAGUUAGCCCUAAAUCCAUCCUGACUGUCGAAAAGCAAGUUAUAUUUACUUGUGAAUUUAUCUAAUCUGUUGUUGAAUGAUUUUUCAAGAAUUUGGGGAAAUUGUGGCAGUAGAGAAGCAGGCCUGUAAUUUGUGAAGUGGUGCCUAUCUAAGACUUGUGUUAUGGCACUACUUUAGCUAUUUUCAUUUUGUUUGGAAAUGUACCCGUUGAAAAUUAUAAGAUACAGAUAUAAAGUAUGUUAGUGGUUUUGGAAUCCCCUCAAUGACCUUUUUCACAACUGUCAUGUAUUUACAGUAUCAACUAUUUCUUCCACCACUGCUGUAAUGGACAUCGAAUUGGGAUUCCUUUCAAUGAGGUUUUCAUUCCACUCCUCAGAUAAACUUUUUUUUUUGCCAGAUUUGGUCCAACAUUUACAAAGAAAUCAUUGAAGCUGCUGACAAUGUUGCCCCUAUUAUCCUUCUUCACAUCAUUUUCCACAAAGCAUUGAGGAUACUUCCGUUGCGUAGCACCAUUUUUAGUCAUUCCAUUCAAUAUGUCCCAUAUUCCUUUAAUAUUGUUUUUGUUGUUAUACAAUAUUUUACGAUAGUAUUCUUUCCUUCAUACCCUUAUGAUAUUGGUCAGGUUUUUUAAAAAUAUUUUUACUACCUCUGUAGUUCUUUGUUUUAUGAAUUCUCUACACAGUGUAUUUUUCUCCUUUACAAGCGUUUUGUAAUCCCUUCGUGAACCAUGGUCGAUCUUUGUACUUUUGUUUUCUGCUGUACCGUUGUAUUGGACAGUUUUUAUCAUAUAAUGAUGUGAAUAUAUUAAAAAAAUGUUUCAUAUACACAGUCAAUGUCAAUUCCAUGACAUACAUUUUCCCAAUUUUGUGCCAAUAAAUCCUUUUUAAAUGAGUUCAGUUUCGUGUGUACUUACUUGGCUGUGCUUGACAUUCUGCUAUGGCAAAUUUCUUAGCUGGGUGCCAUUUUAAACUGUUAAAAACUGUUAGGUGAUAACUAAUAUUGUUCCUCAAGUCCGCUUACUGUAUUACUUUCAAUGUCAUUGGUGAAUAUAUUAUCUAUUAAAGUAGCACUGUGGGUUGUGAUUCGACUCGGUCUGGUGAUUUUUUUAAUAUAAACUCCUACUGUACAUGGUAUUGAUAAAUACAUCAACCGAUUGGUGCUUGUUCGGAUAGAUCAAAACAAUAUUGAAAUCCACACAAAUAAACACAACUUUUUGAAUGGCUUUUGAAAACAUUUCUCCUAUCCAGUCCUCGAAUGUUUCAAUACUAGAGCCUGGUGCUCUAUAAAUACAGCGGAUUAUGACAUUUUUGCUUUUUUCAUCAUCUAAUUCAAUUGUUAUAUAUUCCAACAGGUUAUCAACCUGUUGGUCGCGUCAAGCAGUUGUCAUACUUUCUCCAACUUUGUAGUUCAAAAUUUUAUCCACAUACAAGCAGACUGCUCCUCCACUCUUAUUCUUUCGGUUUAAACGGUUAAAUUCACAACCAUUCUGUUCAAAAUCCAUUCCUUUAUCUGCUUUGAGACGUGUUUCGG